AUGGAACCCGCGGACUCCGACCGCGAGGUGCUGAGCACCCUAGCCCAACGAGCGAUUCGAUGCGACAAGCGUCCUCCCUGCUCCAAUUGUCGCAGCGCAAAUAUUACCUGUCGAUCGACGGGCGAAGGCCAGAAGCAGCACGAACCCCGACGCCGUGUGCUGAUUUCCAGCCAGUAUGAGAAAAAGAUCGAUAUGAUUGGAGAGCGGCUGGGGGGGCAUGGAACGAUCUUUGCGCGAGCUUUUGACCACAACUCGACAGCAAGCAUCCCUAUCAACCCCGAAGCUUCAUCUAAUCCAGCUAUCGAGCAGCAUGACUCGAAUUCCGGAUUCCAAGAUGGCUCCUCCCUGUCCGCCCAUUCAGCGUAUGCAAGGGAGUUUCUUGAAUCGGCCGUAUCGCAUGGAACCCCCGAGAUGUUUGCGAGUCCAAAGAUCAGCGAAGCACUUGCGUCGCUGAAGCACAUUGUCGAUAUGCAAAACAGGAGACGAGAUGGUGAUGACCAGAAAAGCUCCGACUCGAAGCAUGAUAGCCGACUAGGUGUCAGGUGUAAUAUCUAUGACUUGGAAAUGCCACCUCUGCCGAUUGUUUUGGAUUUCAUUCGGGUAGUUAAAGAAAAUCCACCAUCUUUUUUUUCUGGUUGGAUUCCCUUCUUGACAAUUGAUUAUUUUGUUGAGAAAUGCCAGGGAGUUUAUUUUGCCACUGAUGAUUAUUCAGAGACCACUUUCAUUAUCACGAAUUUCUGCCUCUAUGGUAUCUUUAUGGAGUACCAGACUACUGAAAUUGGUCAACUUAGCAAAGACGAAUACCGCUACUAUGUACAGCUGUGCAAAGACAAUCUCGAGGCAGCGCUUGGCAAUUUGAAUAUUUUAAUGCCCGCCACCUUCGAUUCUAUUGCCGCGCUAGCCCUUGGGGCGAUCCACGGAAUUGAGAUAUCAAAGCCGUCUGUGGGCUGGACUUUGGCCUCCACGGCCAUCCAUAUGGCUCAAACCCUGGGAUAUCAUCGCAUAUCGUCAAUGGAGCAUGAGUCACAAAAAGUCCAACUUCAAAGACAGAAUCUAUUCUGGGCAUUAGACACCCUUUUGAAUGUACUGUCUUUGCGAUUAGGCAGAGGAUCCGUGGUACAGGACUACGAUAUUACUAUACCUUCACCAUUUACCUCCAUGGCACGUGUUGAGCAUUGGGGGCCGAUUUUUGCUCUUUGGUGGAAACAGGCCGAGAUCCAGAAUCGAAUAUACACCAAGCUGUAUAGUCCUGCAGCAUUAGGUCGGCCUGAGAGGGAGCGAGUUUUCCAUGCACGUCAAUUGGCGGAAGAGCUACAGUCGAGCGUCAUUGAACCUUUCAAUAAUAUCGUUGCCAAUGGUGCCAAAUUCUCCGAGAUUGACAAGAUCUAUGUACGCUCAGACGAAGUCAGUCGAUAUGCAACCUUGACUUUGAUAUAUCGAGCCAUUCCAGUCCCACCCGGAUCAGACUCAGACCUAACAUUCAUACCCGAAUGUAUCGACUCCGCUCGAGCGGCUUUAGAAGCUCACCAUAUGUACAUGUCCGACUUGAAGGAGACGGACGAGAUGAUGCGAAUAUCCUACCUGCACUGGGCCGUAUUUCUCGCUCCAUUCAUACCAUUCAUCGUCAUCUUCUGCCAUGUAAUCGCAACCUCCGACCAAAAGGACCUCUCCCGCCUUGAGGACUUUAUCGCCUCUCUGCGCCCCCUUUGUCGCUUCUCCCAGUCAGUCGACCGACUACACGGUCUGUGCGCGGUACUUGGCUCAGUAGCCCGGCUCUACGUCGAAGCAAAAAGUCGAGAUCAAGCCGGCGAAGACCAGAGCCUUGCAUCCGUCGGGCAAGAGUUCGACGCUUAUCUUAGCGCCCUGGGUCUAGCACCAGGAAACAUAGUCCCAAGUGCCCAGACAUAUUACCAACCUGAUGGUACGCCUAUGCAGAUGACCGGUCCAGAUACGUCGCAGCAAGGUCUCGGGCUAUCUACGCCGGCGUUCCAACAUCAGACUGAAGGGUCGAUGUCCACUGCCGAGAUGUUCCAGGCAGCACAGCUGGGCAAUUGGUUUUCGAGCAAUCAGCAUAUGCUGGGGCUGCUCGAGGAAGAUAUCUUUCAGGUUAUGCCGAAUCCGUAA